AUGGCUGCGGUCUCCGCGCCGCAAGCCCCAACUGCUCUGACCCCCCCGAGCAGCUCGCAUGGGACGUCGAACACAUGGAACUAUUCCGUGCCCACGCAAACAGAGAACCUCUCUCAAACGAAACUCAACAAUUCGAGCAAACCUCCCCUAUCUCACACAACAAACGGUCACUCGCUGGGUCACCAAAACUCCCGUCCCGAUUUAUCCCAACGACGAAACGACACAUACAAUUCGACACGCUCUGCAGACUCUGGAUAUCUAGCGCCAGCUCGGAUAAAUGCGCUGACUCGCAAGGAUAGCAGUAUUAGCGAAACGGGAAGUGCGCCGGACAGUUUGUUAGAUCUGUAUGGGCCGAAUAGGAGUGGAAUCAGCAGCAUGGAUUAUGGGGAGCGGAAACCAUCGAACGGCGAUGUGUUUGAUGACGAUGAGGACCCAGAACAUUCAAGGUGGAUCCACCGGGAUAAACUUGCGCGCAUAGAGAGCCAGGAGCUCCAGGCUGCGGGAAUCAUACUGCCUCGAGCACGAGCAGCGAGCAAAUCGAGCCGCCGAGAGCAUAGUCGAGAUCAGCAGGGCAAUGGUAUCAGAAGCGAGCAAGCACAAAAACGGCAGCCUGUAGGAUCAUUUCCCACCGAGGAAGAGGAAGCCCCUGAAAAUAAUGCAUGGGAUCUACGAUUACCGGAGGAGGUUGCUGAUGACCAGGGGGACAUAUACCGGGAUAUUAGUGGAGGGGUGAAAGGAGUGUCAAGGAUACCGGUCUGCAAAACGAGUCCUCUUCCAAUACCUAUGCAACAUCUCGAACGAGAUACGCCUAUAAUUAGAAAGCAGAGUGGGGGAUGGACGGGCGAGGAUGAAGCGAUAUCAUAUCCCAAAUCUCGCGGGCGGAGCCAAAGCAUCAAGGUUCUGGAAGAUGCAACAGCCACUCCAACACCAGCCAAACGAUUAGUCCCCGAGAAUUCUCCUACGAAGAAGACCCCUGGAAAGAAAGGCACUCGGGCAGCAUCAACACCCCAACAAAGGCCCAAGCCAAAAGCCGGUGCAACACGAGAUACCUCCUCCGCUCAACGACCACCAACGCGAUCCGGAGAGCUGGGACAGAGCAAUAGUGUGAAGCGGCCAGAAGGAGAUCCUCCGUGGAUAAAUUCAAUGUACAAGCCCGAUCCUCGACUGCCUCCUGACCAACAGCUGCUCCCCACAGUCGCCAAACGUUUACAACAAGAACAAUGGGAAAAGGAAGGGAAGUUCGGGAACGUAUACGAUACCUCCUUCCGCCCUCUGAGUGACGAAGGUUUCCACGUACCGCCAGAACCACCAGCCCAACCACAAGAACACCAACCCGAAGAAGAACAUCCCUCAGAAUGGCCGUUACGAGCGCCGAAAUCCCCAGCCCUGAGCUCAGGACGGCCCGGAACCUCAGGGGGCUACUCAACGAUGCCGAAGAUAUCCGGUAGUACGCAAGGUGUGGGACCGCUGCCAAGCCCCAAGCCCCCGAUCAGGACACAGGAGCCUCUCGAAAACGAAAAGCAGAAAGAAGGCGGUUGCUGCUGCGUGGUGAUGUGA